AUGAGGCAGAGCAAUCAGUCCUCAUUGGCCGACUUUAUCUUGGAAGGGCUCUUUGAUGACUCCUUAACUCAUGUCUUUCUUUUCUCCUUGACCAUGGUGGUCUACCUUGUUUCUGUGAGUGGCAAUUCCCUCACUAUCCUCCUCAUUUGUGCUGACCCACGGCUCCACACUCCCAUGUACUUCCUGCUCAGUCAACUCUCCCUCAUGGAUCUGAUGCAUGUGACUACGACCAUCCCCAAGAUGGCUACCAACUACCUCACAGGCAGGAAGUCCAUCUCCUUUGUGGGUUGUGCUACCCAGCACUUUCUCUACUUGUCAGUGGGAGGAGCUGAGUGUAUUCUGUUGACUCUCAUGUCCUAUGACCGUUAUGUUGCCAUCUGUCAUCCAUUGCAUUAUGCUAUUCUCAUGAACAAGAGGGUGGCCCUGAUGAUGGCCAUCAUGUCAUGGUUGGGAGCAUCUACAAACUCCUUCAUUCACACUAUGAUCUUGAUGCAUUUCCCUUUCUGUGGGUCUCGUAAAAUCCAGCAUUUCUAUUGUGAGUUUCCAGCUGUUGUGAAAUUGGUCUGUGAAGACAUCACUAUUUAUGAGAUGACAGUUUACAUCAGCACCAUUCUGCUUCUCCUUGUCCCUAUUCUCCUGGUCUCUACAUCCUAUGGUUUCAUCCUCCAUAGUGUCAUUCAGAUGCAGUCUGCUGGGAGUAAGAGAAAUGCUUUUGCCACUUGUAGCUCUCACCUUACUGUAGUUUCUCUGUGGUUUGGUUCCUGCAUUUUCUCCUAUAUGAGACCCAGGUCCCAGCGCACUCCACUGCAAGAUAAGAUUGGUUCUGUGUUCAAUAGUAUCAUUACUCCCACCCUGAAUCCUCUGAUUUAUACUCUCCGCAAUAAGGAUGUAGCUAAGGCCCUAAGAAAAGUGUUGGGAAGAGAUACUGUUAUUCAAUGA